UCAGUCCUGCUCGACAGCAGAUCUUCACUUCACACAUAUGCCCGAGAGCUCACGUUAAAUUCACUUUCUUGAACCGAGUGCAGCAUUGCGCACACGGCCGUAGUCUCAAAGCGCAACACUUACUGUUUCUAGAGAAAGUCCGCGGAGGAAUAAGCGCGGAGAAAAGCAACACGUAUCCGGUGGGAUUUGAGUCCCGAGAGUGAGAUUGGAGCGAGCAAGAGAGCGAGAGGGGGGAAGCUGGUUAAGAGUUUCUCCUAAAGUGGAAACAGACCGGUGGACGAUAUUUUCCGUUUAUUCGACAGAAGACGCACAGCUUUCUAAGGAAUUAUGAGGAACCUUUGGAUGAUAUUAACCCUCGCCUUGACAGCUUUUCUUUCGGGAGAAAGGAUAGCGGUGGCAGCGGCCAAAUCCCCCUCCUCGACUGAUGACUUAUACUUGGACGAGGCGGGAUCAGGUUUCCCUGAAGAUGAUGACGACUUCAGCUCGGGAUCGGGAUCAGGAGCUGGUGAAGAGGUCGAGGAACCUGUCACAGUAAACAGAUUGUUCAUCGUGCCUAAAGCGAAGCCCACACAGGAUUCCACCAAAGACUUCACACCGAAAGUGGAGAUAUCUACACCAAGCGACGUCCCCAAAGAUACAAAUAAACGUGUUAGGAUAGAGUCUCCAGUGCUUCCCACAGAGGACUCGCGCAGAAACCCAACCACAAGCACCACCAGCCUCCCUAAAUCCCCCUUGGAUCCACAGGACGUCCAGUCUGAAAAUCUCUUCCAGAGGACAGAGGUUUUGGCAGCUGUCAUCGCGGGCGGAGUUAUCGGCUUCCUCUUUGCCAUCUUCCUCAUCCUCCUCCUGGUGUACCGCAUGAGAAAGAAGGACGAAGGCAGCUACGAUCUGGGAGAGAGGAAGCCCUCUGGAGCGGCUUAUCAGAAAGCCCCCACCAAGGAGUUUUACGCAUAGACUCACUCACAAAACCGAGCUUAAUCAACCAGAGUGACGGUCUAACAUCAGUGACUACGACAAACUUGUCCCAAGUAAAAACCGUAUGUGAUUGGGGAAAAAAAUAACAUAAAGGAAAGCUUUUGCGUAGAGUAUUGUUAUUAAGAUCUUCUCUUUUCUCUUUUUUUCUUUAUGAAAAAAGAAACCGUUGCUUAUUUUAUGGCAAAUCCCUCUGUAUUUAAACAUAAUUUUCUGUGUAUUUGAAAAGGCUGAAAAGACAAAAAACACAAUCUGUAAAACGGCGAGGAUAUUCGCAUCCGUCUUCUGUCAAAGGAGCUGUUUUUAGUCGCUGACUACUUUUUAACUGUAGCAGUAUGUAUUUGUAAAAAAAUUAAGUGGAAUAAUUGAAUAUAAUUGUUCUGUAUCAGUCCUGUUUUAAUUUCUCAUCUUUAUUUGUUUUCGUCUUAGCAUGUUGAUCAUAAAAAUGUAUUUCAUUAAUUUAUCUUUUUCUCGAAUGAUGAAAAAUGCCUUUCUAUAGUUUUCAGUCUUUAAAUUGAACUCUUAAUGAGUCAAUGUAAAUGUUUUCCCGGUAGGUUCCAACGUUUAUUUUUUAUUUCAGAACGUCUCGUUUACAUGUAUGAUUUGGAGCAACGUUUUGCUUUGCGUUCAGUUCGUCACAGUUUAGGGUAAAGCUCGGUACUAGAAGCGUUAAAACCACGUUAAAUUGUUUGAUUUGAGGUUUCGGCAACACUGGAGCCUUACAGCAUCUGUGGGUUAAAAUGACCAGUGCCAUGUGAACCCUCCCAUAAACCGGUUCUCUAAACCUGUCCUGACCUGAUCUAUUAAAUUGACGAGCCAGGAGCCUUCCAUCUUUUACUCUGUGUUCGUGAUAAGAGGAUGAGUUGACUCUUAGGCCACUGACAUGGCCUGCAUGCCCUCAGACACGUGGAUGUACCUUUGAUCAGUGCGCUGUUCCGAUGUUUUAGUGACGAAAGGCCGAGACAGUGAUCACUCCAGUGAUCUGUUUUUUACUGUUACAGGGAGCCGCUCUUUGACGUAGAAUGACCACUGGGGAAUUAUUGCUUAGAAUUGACAAAUGAUAUUGAAAUCGGUUAACUUAUAUCCCGUGUCAGUUGAAUGAAUCUGUUCAGCAGUUGAUUAUCCAGUCGUCGAUACAUUUGGUGCUGAUGGUGCUCAUCUAAACUUUUUAAGAAGGCCAGUAACGUCCCCUACAGAUUAAUACGAUUACACAAGUGCUGCCAUGUUCUCUUAAGGAUCAAUAUAAUAGCUGUGCAGUUGCCAUUAGAGGUAUGGCGAAUCUGCUUCUGCUCCAUUUCCCUCUGUAUCUUUCCUUACUUGCCCUCUUGUUUCUCUCAAUGUACCCGACUGUGACCAACACCCUUAAGUGACUGUACAGACCCAGAAGCUAGAGCUAAACACAUCAAGGUAUUGAGAAACCAUAGGCGAACCCAAAGACACAUUUAAUUUUCACAUUGCUGCGUGUUCCUUUGGCCACAUUUGAGUGUUUGUUUCAAUUUUAGCUGUUAGUUUUUGUUUUCAUUUCGAGUAGACCAUUGAGUCCAAUUACUCAUUCAUGUAUGGGAAAAAAUCUAUAUAGAAUUAUAUAUAAAUGUAUAUUCACAAAUGUUUUAAACCUUCAAAGUGCCUACCAUUUGGAAAUGUGCAAAUGUCUGUCUUGGUUGGAGGCGAUGUGUACGUAUUGAUCGUACCGAGAGUGAUCGUAUUGUGUAAGCACAGCAGACUGAAAUGGUAAUCUUCUUUUUAGUUGUACAAAAAGCAGACAGUAUUGUACCUAUACGUUAAAACAACACUACUGAAUAAACAUUGUGGCCUAA